GCGAGCCACUCCCACCUGUCGGCGAAUCCCGUUCCAUCUCGUCACCUUAUCUUGCGUUGUUUUGUUUUCCUCCAACUCAUUUCGUGGGAAUUGGGAAGAAUCAUAUUUUUGCAACAUGAGCAGUAAUUGACGAGCCGACGGAAAAAUCAGCUACGCACGAUGAGGCUCCUAAUUUUUAUUUUCGUUCUGGUCAACACCCUGCAACUGAUCACCGGCCCUCCUGUCACGGCCAACAAAAAAGGCGAGGGCGAAAAUGCUUCCAAGGACGAAGAGCACAAAGGAGCCGACUGGGACAUCGGCCUUGAGUAUAACAGGUACCUCCAGGAAGUUGUUCAGGCCUUGGAGAGUGAUCCACAGUUCAGGGAAAAGUUGGAAAAGGCAGAAGUUGCAGACAUCAGAACUGGCAAAAUAGCGUCAGAGCUGGAGUUUGUCAACCACAACAUCCGCUCCAAACUGGACGAGCUGAAAAGGCAGGAGCUGGAGAGGCUGAGGCACUUGGCCGUAAAGGAGUUUGAAAUCCAGCAAGCCCAGAAAUACGAUCAAGAGCACAGAGAGGAUGAUGACGAAAAUGAAAUCGAUCACAACAACCUUCCCAAAAUGAACGUCCCCUUUCACCUGGACCACCACAACCCUCACAGCUUUGAAAUCGAAGAUUUGAGAAAACUUAUAGUCCAGACUACCAAAGAUCUCGAAGAGGCUGAUCAGGAGAGGAGGAAGGAGUUCAAGGAAUACGAACUGCAGAAGGAGUACGAAAAGAACCAGCAGCUGAACAUGCUGGACGACGAGCACAAAAAGGAAUAUGAGAAGAAAAUCGAAGAGCUCGAGAAGAAGCACAAAAUUCAUCCUAAUCUUCACCACCCCGGCAGCAAACAGCAGUUGGAGGAGGUUUGGGAGGAGCAGGAUCACAUGAAUCCCGAAGACUUCAAUCCCAAAACCUUUUUCCACAUGCAUGACCUUGAUGGUAACGGCUUUUGGGACACUGACGAGGUCAAGGCCUUGUUCCAAAAGGAGCUGGACAAAAUGUACGACCCAAAUGCACCAGAGGACGACAUGCGUGAGCGGAGAGAGGAGAUGGAGAGAAUGCGUGAACACGUUUUCAACGAGACUGACACUAACCGAGACCACCUGAUUAGCUACGAUGAAUUCUUCGUCCAAACCAAGAAGAAGGAAUUCGAGCAAGACCAAGGAUGGCAAGGUCUGGACGACCAGAAACUUUACACUCAUGAGGAGUAUUUGGAGUUCGAACGGAGGAGACAAGAGGAAGUGCAAAAGUUGAUUGCACAGGGACUGUUGCCUCCUCAACCUCACGAUAUGCACAUGCCCUAUGGCAUUCAGGUCCCUCCCGAGUAUUUCCAUCAUCAGCAGCAAGCAGGUUACCAGCAGGGCCACCAUCAGCAGCAGCUGUCGCCUCACCAUCCACCCCCACAUCCUCAGCAGCCACCGCAGGUUCACCCAGGGCAAUUCCAGCAACAGGGCUACCACCCUCCACCCCAUCAGCAGGCCGGAGGUCACAAUCAACAGCCCCAGUACCACCAGCAACCAAUUCAGUAUCAGCAACCACCUCCUCAACAGCAGUACCAACAGCAACAACAACACCCUCCGCAAUAUCAGCAAGUCCAUGACAAUAAUAACGUGAACCAACAACACCCUCCGCAGCAACAGGUGCCGAACCAACCCCCGGUGCAGCAGCAGUACCAAAACAACCAGUACCAAAACCAAAACCCACCUCCGUCGCACCAGCAACAGCAAAACUUCAAUCAGCCCCCGGCACAAAACCAGCAACAGCAAAACUUUAAUCAGCCCCCGGCACAGAACCAGCAACAACAACCCCCGGCGCAAAAUCAGCAGCAACAACAACCCCCUGCUUACCAAAAUCAACCCCAAGCCAAUCAACAACAGCCCCCGGUUCAACAGUAUCAGAAUAACCAAAUCAAUCAGCAGCCUCCGGCACAGAACCAACCCCCGAAACAGCACAACUCGCCCCCCAUGCACAAUCAGCAGCCGCCGCAGGGUCAGGUGCACAACUCGCCUGUUCAACAUGCUCCGAGUCAGGGACAAGCCAACUCGCAGCAACACAACUAACUGACAUAUGAGAAUCUGACGCAAACACCGAUCUUUCUCUUUGACCUGACAAUGUGAUCUGAUUCGUACAGUUUUAAUUAUUUCCUAUCGAGUUUCGUCAAGUUUAAUGAUUUCGGAUUUUAUUGCUCCGAAGGCGGUUUGACAUGAGAGAUCGCCUUUGGUCAUGCAAGAGUGAGAGGCGCUUAGCCCAGUUGAUUGAUUAAUUAUUAUUGUUAUUGAAUAUGCCAAACACAAGGAAGUAAAUAAAUUUAGGAGUUUUCAGUUACUAUGCAAGUGCCCUGUUUUUUAUUUCAAGCGCAAAUGUAGCGGAAUUUCCCGAUGUAAUUUUUGCAGUGAGGACAGACAUGGUGCACUUCCAUACAUUCCUCAAUGCAACACGGAAUCAGGCAGCAGCCCAAGAAGCAACUGAAAACAAAUUCACGAUUGGAAUUCAAAUUUUUUAUGAAAAAUUUAAUAAAAUAAUUUUACUCUUACCCCAUAAGUGCAAUUACAGUCCCUGAUAAAUAAGCCGCAACCCCAGGUGUAACUUUAAUAGAUGUUUCUACUUCAUAGUGACAAUGAGGACAAAGCAGGUUGGCUGCAUCAGGGCCGAGAUUGAUUACAGAAGACAUUCUGACUGAUACUGACUUUUGUGAUAGAGUUUCUGGAUUUAUCAUCUCAUGUGCUUGUGAUUCAAGCAAUUACUGUCAAUAAUCAAAGGUCUCGGAAUUUGGAAUGACUAAAUGCUGUUUAAUUUUGUUCUUUCAGCUGCACUCCAAACAUUUUAUUCUUUUGCAAUUUUAUAGAUAUAAUAUAGCUUCUAUAUAAAAGGUCAAUAGACAAGUUACUCAGAUAUAUACAUUAUACAUCUUCUCUGAAAAGCACAUGUUAGUCAGGCACAUUAAUUCCUUAAGCGUUAAAAAUUAAUGGAAAUUAUACAAUCAAUAUAAAAAAGGGCCAAAAAAGGGCUCAGGUGUUAGGGGAAAAUUUCAGUCAACACAAUAAUAUAAUUUAGCUACAGAUUUUGCACUUUUGAUUUGAUGUAUUUAAAAAAUUGUGCUUCCGUUAUUAAUAAAAAUGCAAAACUGUUUGCUCUGAAGAUGGACAAGUGAGAUUUCUAAUUCUAACAUUGAGGGUGAUCUAAAAUUUUUAAACUUUUAAAUAGAUGAUAGAUAAUUCCUUUUCAAUAUAUUAAAUACCGUU